GGGUAUGUUAUCUAUUUCCUGGUCUUGUGCUUCGAGCAUGAUGGCGCAGUGCGAGUGAGCAUUUCACGAUGUUGAGGUCGUGGACCCAAACUCUCAUAUUGUUGCGCAACUCACAUAAUGCUACAUACUGGUCACUGUGACUACGCAUCGGAACACAGAAUAGAGGCCUCCUAGAGACUCGACGGUUCUGCAGUCGAAUGUCGAGGUUGGCCACGCCUUUCUUCGACAGGUCGCUCUCACCUCACUCACGGAAAAGAAGCGCGUUCGAUCUCACCGCAGCGUAUCCACCUUCACUGACGCAAUGCUGCUACUUCGCCUGGCUUGUAAAGGCUUCAAUCAUGAACACCUACCACAAAAGCCUCCAGCAUGAAGCUCCACAUCCUCAUCAUCGCAGUGAUCGCGACAUUGGCUUCGACACACGUCCUCACCCCCAAUGACAGUCCACUCACGAGCCUCACCUACGAUGCCGACCUCAAAGAGACACCCAUAGCCAAUGCCGUCGACAUCUCCACCGUCCACACCGCGGCAGACAGGCCACCCAACGUCAAGUUUGACAAAGCCGUGUCCACCGGCCAAACGCUCGACUCCGCCAUGAAAUCCAAAGACAGCGUCGCCCGCUGGUUCUUCAAAGACUACCCGCAAUACGCCGAAACCUGCCAGUCACCCUUCACCGGCGACGGGCGUGCCGACCUCGCGAAGUGGGGCUUCGACGACAGUGAAGCACUGAGCGUGAAAGUAGCGAACGAGUGCGACUUCGAUGCGUAUCAUAAGAUUAAGGCGGCGUUCGAUGAGAUAGGCUUGGAUACGAAGGCAGCGAAGGAUGGGGGGCCGAAUCACUGUUUCAAGGUUAAUCAUAGGGAUGGUCCGGCGAUUAAGAGGGAUGACAAGGGGGAGUUGCCUAGUGAGGCAAAGCAGGUAUAUGAUGUUUGUGGGAAGGAAUAUCGGGCCACAGGCGCAUCCUACGAAUUCGCCGCCAAUCCGCACGGCCUCCUCGCCCUCAUGAACAUCAUGUCGAUGACGUAUUCAGCAAAAACAUACACCUGGUUUCGUACGCCGCUGCCCUCUGAACUCCCCGACAUAGGUACGACUCAGGAUAUCGGGUGGGCCAUGUGGAACCGAGUCAACGCACCCAGUCUGGCUGGGCUCAAGUACCUGCUUGUUACGCAGGUGAUGAAUGCGGGGUCGAGAGAGAUAUUUCGGCAUGCGCUGGGGUUGCUGGAGCCGCCGGAGAGUGAGUAUAAAUUGUGGCCGGGGCAUGAGUUUGGAAUGGGGACGAAGGGGGGAUUGGCAAUUUUGGGCUCCCCGGUGGGACGAUGGGCGGGAUACUUGCUGCUACAACACAAGGACCAGCUUGGUGGUAAUAGAUACAUCGAGAAGGUAAGGCUGUUCAAACCACCAGGAGCGAGUUUGCCGUAUCUUCUUUUCUACGUG